GUGCUGCGAAAUACCGGCCGGUCAAGCGGUCAAGCGAUCAGCUGUGCAGUGCGCUCCGCUUUGGGUAAUUACGACAAAUAAUAGAUCGCAGAAGCAGCCGGAAGAAGCAGUGGGACGAUGAGCGAGGCCGGCACCAACGCGGAUGCAGUGGCGGCCGAGAAGGAGCGCAAGUUCCGCAUCCAGGCCGCCGCCUUUCUGGGCCUGGUCGGCGGCGUGUCCGCUCUGUUCGGGUUCUCCCGCACGCUGGCCACCGCGAAGAAGACGGACAGCAAGGUCCUCCAGCAGGCUGGAACCAGGCAAGGAAUGAUCCUGAUGGACGAGGGCGCCACUCUGGCCCUGCGGGCACUCGGCUGGGGCACUCUGUACGCCGUCGCGGGCACCGGCGCCUUUUGCUACGGCUUCUGGAAGCUCUCGGGAGCCAAAGAUUUCCAGGAGUUCCGGCUCAAGAUGGGCAACGCACUGCCCAGGAUCACCAAGGACGAACCGCCCGCCAGCCGCACCGACUUCGAGAGCCUCACGGACCUCAUGAAGUACCUGGCCGCCUGGAACAAGGAAUGAGCAGCUCACAAACACACACUUUUUGAUUAAACACCCGAAUGCCUGAGAAGACUA